GCCCGGUUGCUCAAAGCAUCGUUAAGAUAACAUUACCGUUAAGCUUUACCUCUGUUAAGUACCCUAACGCAGCGUAAUUUAAUCAGCCGUUAACUUCAUGUUGCUCAACAAGUUUUAACGCUAGCGUUAAUUAACGCAGCGUUAAGACUUUAACAUCCAUGUUAAAUCCCACAAUCCAUUCCAAAUUUCCACUUCCUGUUCCUGUUAUCCAAUUCCAAAAUGGCAUCCCAAGCAGACGCAUCUUCAGUGACUUCACCUGAAAUUAAAAGAAAGAAAAGGAGCAUUAACUUUAGCAAUACAGAAAUAUUGAAAUUUGAAGAGCUGGUUAAAGAUGAGAAAACAUUUUCAAUAUUAACUAAUAAAUUUUCAAACACUGUAAAUAAUAAAAUGAAAAAAGAUAUGUGGACGAAAAUUGCUGAAGUAAUUUCUGCACAAGGAAUUGCAGUUAGAACUGCGGAUGAAUGUAGUAAUAAAUGGCAGAACUUGAAAAGAGAGAGCAAGGCAGCAGUUACCAGUGAAAAGUUAGAACGGCGUAAAACGGGUAGAGGGACACUGACAGCUGUCGCCGAUGAACAAAAAGUUCGGAUCGCCGAAAUGUAUAAAGAUUCGGCAUCCUUCAAUGGGAUUAUUGGAGGAUUGGACAGCGAUGAAGCUGAUGGUCGUCACUUUCUGUCCAACACCACAGUUGCGCCCGCUGUGGGAACAGUUGGACAAACGGAGCAGUCAAGAAACAACUACUUGAUAUAAGGAUUCGAAUGCUGCUGAAAGAGGAAAUGAGACGUGACCAGAACGUUGUAGAUGAGAUCAUCAAUGGAAAAUUUUUCGAGGACUAAAUAUAAUGGUUAUAUUGACUUAGUUGCCUCAGUGCUUUAUUGAAUACAAAAUGAUUAACAUUGAUUAUUUAAAAUGAAUAUAAUAAAAGUGUUUUUUAGCAAUAA